AUGCCUCCAAAUCUAAACCCAGAUCAAGCCAGCCCAGACUGGAUGAACAAAGGUGACAAUGCAUGGCAACUCACAGCAGCUACUCUUGUUGGUCUUCAAAGCAUUCCAGGGCUUCUUAUCCUUUAUGGAGGGUCAGUGAAGAAGAAAUGGGCAGUAAAUUCAGCUUUCAUGGUGCUUUAUGCUUUUGCCUGUGUUAUUUUGUGUUGGGCGGUUUGGGGUUACAGAUUUUCGUUCGGUGAUAAGAUGAUUCCAUUUUGGGGAAAACCCAACUUUGCGUUGGAUGGGCACUAUCUAAUGGAGCAAACGUUUCUAGGGAAAUUCCCCAACGCGACAAUGGUGUAUUUCCAGGGCGUUUUCGCUGCUAUAACUUUGGUUCUGAUAGCCGGUGCAUUGUUGGGACGAAUGAAUUUUUAUGCUUGGAUGCUAUUUGUGCCACUUUGGCUAACCUUUUCUUAUACAAUUACGGCUUUUAGCAUAUGGUGUCCCGAUGGGUUUCUUGCUAAGAUGGGAAUCAUUGAUUAUUCAGGCGGAUAUGUCAUCCAUUUAUCUUCUGGAGUUGCAGGAUUUACUGCUGCUUACUGGGUAGGACCACGUCUAACCCAAGACAGGCAAAGAUUUCCUCCCAAUAACAUCCUGCUGAUGUUAUUCGGAGCAGGUUUGCUGUGGAUAGGUUGGACGGGGUUCAAUGGAGGAGAUCCCUAUGUGGUCAGUGUUGAUGCUUCCUUGGCUGUCAUAAACACUCAUAUCUGCACUGCUGCCAGCUUGCUUACCUGGUUACUACUCGACAUUGUCUUUUUUAGAAAGCCUUCCGUUAUCGGUGCUGUUCAAGGCAUGAUCACUGGUCUGGUCUGCAUCACACCUGCUGCAGGGGUUGUACAAGGAUGGGCAGCAGUAAUAAUGGGGAUUUGUUCUGGCUCAAUUCCAUGGUUCACCAUGAUGGUUAUUCACAAAAGAUCUGAAAUGUUUCAGAAGGUGGACGAUACCAUGGCUGUACUUCACACUCAUGCCAUCGCUGGCAGCCUGGGAGGCAUUCUUUCCGGCAUUUUUGCUGUACCGAAGCUUAACAGGUUGUUCUACGGUACCUCCGGCCACUACAUUGGCCUAUUUUACGGACUAGCGGACAAAAGAACACAUGACGGGUUUCGACAGAUUGGAGUUCAGUUGGUUGGGGUGGUGUUUGUGGUGGUUCUUAACAUUGUGAGUACAAGCAUAAUCUGUGUUGUGGUGCAAAUAUUUAUGCCUCUAAGGAUGUCUGAAGAGGAGAUGGAGAUUGGGGAUGAAGCAGCUCACGGUGAAGAAGCAUAUGCCAUUUGGGGUGAUGAAGAGGAGAAGCUUGACCCUAAAUAUGAAUUGGCCAAAAGCAAAGCUGGUGGUCAAGUGGAAAUGGUAUGAUCAUAAGAUGCUUUUGUUUUUGUUUUUACCUUUUAGAAAGACGUACAAUAAUCCUAGAGAAAAAUAUGAUGUAUCAAUAAAGGGUUUUUGGACUUCUGUUUUAUCUCUUCUUUUUUCUAUGGACUUUGUAAUUGCAAGUUAUUAAUAGCUCACGAGUUUUCCUG